UCGUUCAGUUUCCUACUUUCCUGAGCCUCACAGCUGCUCUGCUGCUGUUCGUUUGCCUGUUUUUCUAAUCCGACAGGAAAACGCCUGGGCAGCACUUUUCAAUAAUUGCUGUAUAUAAUGUAAUUUUGCUUUGUUGCUUUUUCUCUCAAGUGAAGAAUUUCUAGGAGAAAAUAGCUAUUCGCACUGUUGUAUUACAGUAUUAUAUACAGAGCAUACAGCUGUAGCAUUGCAGAAAACCAAAAAAAAAAAAAAAAAAAAAAACUAAAGUGUCAUUACGUUUUUUUUUUGUUUGUUUGUUUCCAGUCGAACCGAAAUACAUGAAAAAAAAAAAAAACAGGAAAAUGUAUAUAUGGCUUAAUACAGGCCUUAAAAUAAGCCACCGGCUCCAUAUUCCACAGAUCCCUGCAGAGAACAUAAAAACAAAGGGAGGAAAAAAAAAAAAAAAACAUUAAUGCAAAGCUUGUCAUUCGUGACGCUGUUCUCACCACAGCCACAGCCUCCCCUCCCCUCCCUUCAAUUCUCAGUUUGGAGCUUUAAAACCAUUAAAAGAGGCUAAUUGAUACGAAAUGAAUUGGGGUUUUACCGGUGCGUAAUUGUUUCUAUAAACUCAAUUAGCGAUAUUUGCUGUUGGGCUAAACACGGCGCGCCGCUUUGAGGCCUAGCGGUGUGGAAAGCGUUUAUGCUAAUUUAAUAGAGACAGAGAGGAAGGCGAGGUGAGGGGGUGGGAAAGAGUGAGACCUGGACGUGGCUCGGAGGCGGGUGAGUAUACGGGUCCUCUGCACCGGGCCCGUCACUCAGGAUUACUGCCUGUGAAAGCAGGUGUGAUGCCUCGCGGGCUGUUAAUGAGUAUUUGUAAGGUACUAGCUCUGGGCUAGCGGCGGCCGGCGCGCAGAAAAACAAACCACGGUGGGAAAAAGGCCAAGGCAUCAGUGCCGGGGCUAAAUUUACGCAGAUCACGCAAAUAACAUGCAUUUAAAUCUGGAUUAAUUAAUUUUACGGACACAGAUUAAACAGCGCAGCUCCAGCGGUGCUGGCCUAAAUAAUUCCGGCAGUGCCGCCUCUCCCUUCAGAAAAUCCCAAAUAAUCCAAAAGACUAAGCUUAAUCCAUGUCCAGAAAGCCAACUUAACUUGAUGGCAUAGGUCACAUUAGCACGUUUCCCCACUGACCGGAAAAAUGCGGCUCAGGACUAUAAUACAUUAUGUGUACAUUUGAAAAAAAUAUAUAUAUAUAUUUUAAUCACAGAUAGCUGAGCAAAUAAUUUGGCCAAUGCAAUUUAAAAGUAGAAAUGUUCACCAAUCCAAUUAAAAAUUAAUUCAACAUACUUUAUAUACAUCAGAAACGGAUUCAGUUAAUAUUAAAUACUUAUUAACUGGUGCAGAGAUAAAAGGCCAGGUACAGUAUAGAUGCAAUACAAUAUAGACCACAGGUAACACUGAUGGUGACAGAGAAUAGCAGGGCAUAUCCACCCAGUAUAGAAAUAGACCAGUGCCAGGAACCAAUGGGAAAUGGGGUGCAAAGUUUAAGCACCAAGGCUGCACAGCCCUUUUGUUUGUGGGCGUGGUCAUACCAGAUGAUAACUUGUCUGCAGAAGUUUAAGGAAAUUAAAUUAGUUGCAUCAUACUUUUAGAAAUCAGUAACAGAAAUAAUUUGCAGCAUACAUGUGAAAAUAUUUUUUAUGAUUUUAAAAGACUUGUAGCCUCAUUAGACUGUUUUAUAUGUGAACAACAGGAUACUAAGAGAAGGUUGACUGCAGCCUAGGCUUUGGAAUGCAGUUAGACAAAAAAAUAAAAAAUAAAUAAAAAUAGGAAGUAUCACAAAAAGCUCAAUACAUACGUUAAUAAAACUAACAGCAACCGAAAUCCCUCUUUCAUAAGCGUGUUGUGCACAACAGUGAUUAGUAGCACUUGCUUUACUAGAGCUAAUGCUAAAGCUAAAGAGUCAGUCUGAUGUUUCGUGAUCUAAUGUUGCAUGACACUAAUAUUUCUCAACUUUACUAACUUAUUUGCAGGUCUUCGUGUGUGCGUUUGUGUGUGUAUGUGUGUGUGUGUGGGUGUGUGUUUUUUCUUUGUUUCUCUGCUUUCUUUGUUUUGUUUCUUUGUUUCUAACCAAUCAGAACUGCUGACUGCUGUUGUUUUAUUUAUUUAUUUAUUCUUUUUUGAAUGUCACUUUAUUUCACUUUACUUAAGCAUGAAUGUAACUUCCAAGUAAGUGGUACGCUGUAAAAAGAGGAAGGGUAACAGUAAUAGCUGUAGCUUUGUAGUUUUUGCAUUGUGACUUUGGUGUCCUUCUUAGUUUUGCUUUCUUUUAUGUUGUUUAUGUUAUUUUUUUGAUUUGAUUUCUACAUGUUAGAAGUAAGAAUUUUCAUUUUUUUGUAGAAUUUUCUGUCAGAGUAGAGCAAGGCCUUGCAAGCUAGAAUACAACGAAGGGGCUUCUACAGUAUAUGUUUAUAUAUAUAUAUAUAUAUAUAUAUAUUUCCAAGGGUCCUACUGCCACAUAACAUAAAAAGAAAAUCUUGAAAAAAUGAAUAAUUUGUUAAUUGAUUAUAUAUGAGUAUAUAUAUAUGGAUAUAAUCGUAGAAAGAAAUGCUUUGUAAUUAUUUUUAAAAUGAGAAGAGAAAAGUCAAGCUAUGUGUUUUACUCUGAGGAAAAAAGAGGGGAAAUUGUGGCAGAAAAAAAGAAACACUCAAAAAAGAAAGAAAUAAGUCGUUUGCGGUGGCCUUUUUUACUCUCUUUCUGUGUUUCCUGGUUUUCUUCUCGGCUCCUCAUGUCAUUGUGUUCUGCAUCAACCCCCUUACACCCCCCAGAGCUGCGAGAAGUUCGCCGAGUGCCGCCUCGCUUCACCAUCCUGCCCUCCAGUCACGAGAUCAUGCCGGGGGGCAGCGUGAACAUCACCUGCGUGGCGGUGGGCUCCCCCAUGCCCUACGUGAAGUGGAUGCUGAACUCUGAAGACCUGACGCCGGAGGACGAGAUGCCGGUGGGGCGGAACGUUCUGGAGCUGAACGGCGUUCGAGAGUCUGCCAACUACACCUGCGUGGCCAUGAGCAGCCUGGGCAUCAUAGAAGCUGUGGCACAGGUUAUAGUUAAAUCUUUACCCAGAGCUCCUGGGACCCCCAUCGUCACAGAGACCACCGCGACCAGUGUCACCAUCACCUGGGAUUCGGGAAACCCAGACCCCGUGUCUUAUUACAUUAUCCAGUAUCGUGCCAAAUCGCCGGACAGCAAGUUCGAGACCGUGGACGGCAUCACCACCACCCGCUACAGCAUCGGCGGCCUGUACCCCAACACCGAGUACGAGAUACGGGUAUCUGCCUUCAACACCAUCGGCCAAGGCCCCCCCAGCAACAAGGUGGAGGCCAGGACCGGGGAGCAGGCCCCCGCCAGCCCACCCCGCAACAUCCAGGCCCAGAUCAUCUCCCAGAACACCGUGAUCGUCCGGUGGGAGGAGCCAGAGGAGCCGAACGGCCAGAUAAAGGGAUACCGCGUCUAUUACACCAUGGACCCCUCUCAGCCAAUGAGCAACUGGCAGAUCCACAACGUGCAGGACAGCGUGAUCACCACCAUCCAGAGCCUGGUGCCCUCCGAGACCUACACCAUCCGAGUGCUGGCCUUCACCUCUGUUGGAGACGGACCCUUCUCUGAUCCUGUGCACGUGAAAGUCAUGCCUGGUGUGCCCGGGCAGCCAGGGAAAUUCCGGACGGGCAAAGUGAGAGACACCGCUGUGGAGCUGCUCUGGGACCCUCCCUUCUCUAAAGAGCCCAUCAAGAGCUAUGAGCUUAUCUACAAAGCAGCCAAGUACGGCACUCAGGAGAAGAAGAGCUUCGAGCCCAGGUCCUCAUACAUGGUGGAAGGUCUGCGAGCGAACACCGAGUACACGUUCUCUCUGGCGGCCAUUUCCACCAAGGGCAUGGGAGCCUUCACCAACGAGAUCGCCCAGCGCACCGCCCAAGCCAAGCCGUCGGCGGCGCCAGGCGAGGUUCGCUGCUCGAGCCCGAGCUCCUCCUCCUUGCUGGUAAGUUGGCGUCCGCCGCCGGAGGAAAGCCAGAACGGUGAGCUGACAGGAUAUGAGUUACGCUACCAGGACGUCGGCGACGACAAGAACGGAACGGAGGCGCUACCAGAAAAGACUAUUCGCACCGAGACCGGCGUGGGCCAGGUCCUGCUGAAGAGUCUGGCCAAGUGGAGGCGCUACCGAGUCUCUGUGUCUGCGGUCACAGCCCAGGGCUCGGGACCUGAGAGCGCCUCUCUGGAAUGUCGGACGGAUGAAGACGUUCCAGGGGCACCACCCUCACAGGUGGAGGUGCAACCCCUGAACUCUACCGCCAUCAAGGUGUCGUGGCAAUCGGUGUUGCCAGGGCAACGGAACGGGCAGGUCCGUGGUUACCAGGUGCACUACGCUCGGUUGGAGAACGGGGAGUCUCAAGGCCUGCCUCGCAUCAGAGACAUCAUGCUGGAUGACGCCCAGUGGAAAACGGAUGAUGCGGCAGAAUAUGAUGCAAUCAUAGGUGGGCUACAGCCUGAGACCACCUACUCGGUUACAGUAGCUGCCUACACUAUUAAAGGAGACGGAGCGCGUAGCCUGGCACAGACAGUGCAGACCCCUGGAAUAGUCCCUGACCCUCCAUCAUUUUCGGUGCAGUUAAUAGAGGAGAAUUCCGCUAUGGUAUCCUGGGUGGUCGAAAACAGGUCCGGUGGUCCUCAAUCAAACAUUCUGGGCUUCCGUUUGACCUACGGCCUAAAGAACGACACCCCGUCCUUCACAACAUCCCUUAAGUCUCGCGUUCGUCAGUACAACGUGACGGACCUCGUCCCCGGCUCCACCUACUCCUUCCUCCUCUCCGCUAGGGGGCGCUCCGGGUACAGCCCGGAGGUCCUGCAGGAGCUGACCGUGCCCGAGUUCCCCCCGGCCGGGUUCCCGUUGCUCUCAGAGAGCGCUAACGCCACCUGCUGCUCGCUGCAGUUCUCCUGGCUGCCUCCAGACGUCAAUAGACGUCCUGUGGUCAGCGGGUACAUGGUCUCGUACGCAGAGACGGGGAGUUUGCAGGACCCGAGACAGAUCAUGCUUAUGUCUCUGGACACCAGCUACACCAUCCACGGCCUCAACCCCAACCAGGAGUACGACGUGAGCAUCCGCGCCCACAACCGCGUCGGGCCCGGUCCGUUCAGCCCACCUGUACGCUACCAAACCUCCGCCUUCGAAACAGAUGUGCCAAGAAACUUCUCGGUCAAUCUGGCAACCAGGACAAGUGUGUUGUUGACGUGGGAGUUCCCAGAGACCAGCUCCCCCUACCGCUUUACUGUGGAGUAUAACCGGCAGAAGAUGGAGGUGGACGCUCACUUGAGGAAGGCUGUCAUCCCCAACCUGGCGCCGGAUACCAGCUACGACUUUAAAAUCACCAGCCCUGAGGGCAACAUGGGAGGCCUGAGGCACCGCAUCCACGCCAAAACCUCUCCACCAAUCGUCAUCGCCCGGCCCGAGAUCGACCACACCCGAGACACCGAGACCACCAUCACUAUUAUACUGCCCUCACUGGACACCAAGACCACUGUGAGGAAUAUCUAUGUGGUGGUGGUUCCUCUAAAAAGAACCAGGGGAGUCACUCGGCACCUGAAGAGCCCUGAUGAAAUGGACUUGGAGGGGCUGUUGAAGGACAUCAGUCAGAAGCAGCGAGACCCUCGGCAGAGGCAGGUGGACCUGCGCCGGGCUUACAUCACCGCCCGCUUCACCCCCUCCAGCCUCCCCGCGUUCUUCGCCCUCGGGGACCAGCUGGACUACGGCGGGUUCGAUAAUCGGGCGCUGGAGCCGGGCCAGGAGUACGUCUUCUUCAUCCUAGCAGAGCUGAACUCCACCACCGGGAAGAUGUUUGUGGCCAGUCCUUACAGUGACCCGGUCAUCGCUCCCGACUCGGACCCCCAGCCUCUGGAUGCUGGGGACGGCCUCAUCUGGGUUGUAGGGCCGGUCCUGGCCGUGAUCUUCAUCAUCUGCAUCGUCAUCGCCAUCCUGCUCUACAAGAAUAAACCGGACAGCAAGCGCAAGGACUCGGAGCCGGGCACCAAGUGUUUACUGAACAACGCUGAAAUGAUGGCUCAUCACCCCACCGACCCCGUCGAGAUGAGACGCAUCAACUUCCAGACUCCAGGUAUGAUGAGUCAUCCCCCCAUCCCCAUCUCCGAGCUGGCAGAACACACUGAGCUUCUGAAGGCCAACGACAACCUGCGGCUCUCCCAGGAGUACGAGUCUGUUGAUCCUGGGCAGCAGUUCACGUGGGAGCACUCCAACCUGGAAGUGAACAAACCCAAGAACCGCUACGCUAACGUCAUCGCCUACGACCACACCAGAGUCAUCCUUGCGCCUGUGGAUGCAGGCAUCAUGGGAAGUGACUACAUCAAUGCAAACUACAUUGAUGGCUACAGGAAGCAGAACGCGUACAUUGCCACGCAGGGUCCGCUGCCGGAGACGUUCGGAGACUUCUGGAGGAUGGUGUGGGAGCAGAGAGCGGCGUCUGUGGUUAUGAUGACCAAACUGGAGGAGAAAUCUCGGAUAAAGUGUGAUCAGUACUGGCCCAGCAGAGGCACAGACACAUACGGCCUGGUGCAGGUCACUCUGCUGGACACCAUGGAGCUGGCCACGUUCUGCGUCCGGACCUUCUCACUGCACAAGAGUGGCUGUAAUGAGAGGAGAGAGGUCAGGCAGUUUCAGUUUACGGCGUGGCCUGAUCAUGGCGUACCUGAAUACCCCACCCCAUUCUUGGCCUUCCUGCGUAGAGUCAAAGCCUGCAAUCCUCCGGACGCCGGCCCCGUCGCCGUCCACUGCAGUGCGGGUGUCGGUCGGACAGGCUGCUUCAUCGUUAUCGAUGCCAUGCUGGAGCGGAUUCGCCACGAGCGCACAGUGGACAUUUACGGCCACGUGACGCUGAUGCGCUCGCAGAGAAACUACAUGGUGCAGACAGAGGAUCAGUACGGCUUCAUCCACGAGGCGCUGCUGGAGGCGGUCGCCUGCGGCAACACGGAGGUGGCGGCCCGCAGCCUGUACUCUUACAUGCAGAAGCUGUCACAGGUGGAGAGCGGAGAGCAUGUGACGGGCAUGGCGCUGGAGUUUAAGCGUCUGGCGAACACUAAAGCUCACACCUCCAGAUUUGUGACAGCCAACCUGCCCUGCAACAAGUUCAAGAACAGACUAGUAAACAUCAUGCCCUACGAGACCACCCGCGUCUGCCUGCAGCCAAUCAGAGGCCUCGAGGGCUCCGACUACAUCAAUGCCAGCUUCAUCGAUGGAUACAGGCAGCAGAAAGCCUACAUUGCUACACAAGGUCCCCUUGCAGAAACAACCGAGGACUUCUGGAGGAUGCUGUGGGAGCACAACUCCACCAUCGUGGUCAUGCUGACCAAACUGAGAGAAAUGGGCAGAGAAAAAUGCCAUCAGUACUGGCCGGCGGAGCGCUCUGCACGGUACCAGUACUUCGUGGUGGACCCGAUGGCCGAGUACAACAUGCCUCAGUACAUCCUGAGAGAGUUCAAGGUUACAGAUGCAAGAGACGGACAGUCCAGAACAGUCAGGCAGUUCCAGUUUACAGACUGGCCUGAGCAAGGAGUGCCAAAAUCAGGGGAGGGAUUCAUCGAUUUCAUCGGACAGGUGCACAAAACCAAGGAGCAGUUUGGGCAGGACGGGCCAAUCAGUGUCCACUGCAGUGCGGGCGUGGGGAGGACAGGUGUGUUCAUCACUCUCAGUAUCGUUCUGGAGAGGAUGCGCUACGAGGGGGCUGUGGACAUCUUCCAGACUGUCAAAAUGCUGCGUACACAACGACCAGCCAUGGUGCAGACUGAGGACGAGUACCAGUUCUGCUACCAGGCCGCGCUGGAGUACCUAGGAAGUUUUGAUCACUAUGCAACAUAAGAGAAGGAGAACCCGUUCAUCUCGACACCGUUACUCAACGAUCUACAAAACUACACACCAUUCGCUUGUUCCAACAACAAGCACCUACUGUACUUUACUGUACCGUGAAAACGAACGACGCCGUUAGCAGGAGGGAACGUUUUGGAAGUACGACGACAUCACUGAACUGAAACCUGUGUUUGGAAAAUGAGGUGCGGGUGGGGUGUUGGGGGAGGAGGGUUCUUUGGGAAGGGGUGACAAAUUCUAAAGCUACGAAGGACAAGGACACGUCUUCUCUCGUGAACUUCCGGGAGGAGUUCAGUUCUGUAUCACACAGCAAGCUUAUUACCUCAGUGUUCAAAUAUUGAUAUCAAUGUCGUGGUCGGCUUUUUAGAAAUAUUACAAUGUGGAUGAAAAAUGAAAACCUCUAAAAAAAAAAAACUGACUUUAAAAAAUAGUGUAAAAAAAAACAAAAAAAAAACAUUGAAAUCUACAGCCUGGAAAACUGCUGCACUCUUCAACGGGAGUUUUACCCCAUACUUUAUUUGCCAAUAAAAAAAAAAAAAAGGUGGAUGACGAACUCCAGCCGGCCGCCGGAGGGGACGGCUUCUGCCGCGAGGAAGAGGAGGAGGAGGUAGCGCGACCUCGUCUUCUCCUCGAGACUUUUCCUCGCUGCCGUAGCGAAAGGUUUCAGCACCCUGAUGGAAGCGGAACUCCUACCUUCUGUGCCUAACGGAGCAGCAACAGCAGAGGGUCCGAGGUUACGAACUCUCGGGAAGGGGACGGCCGCGGUCACGAACUCAUCUUACAGUACAUUAGUAAUGUGAUAUAAUCAGUUUCAGUGUCUCUUUUACUCCUGGUUGGUCGGAGCGCUAUUGUGAGUGAACUUUGCCUUUUGAAGAGCUGUCAGAUUUGUCGAUAGAUUUUGUCGUUUUUUUCGACGGAAGCGCCUGUGAAUACUGUUAUUAUUAUGGUGUGUCACUCUCUCUCUCUCUCUCUCUUUUUCUCUUUCUCUUUUUCUCUGCCUAGCUCUCUCUCGCUCUUUCUCUCUUUCUCUACUAAAAUAUGCUGCUUAUACCCUGUGUGUGUGUGUGUGAAGAGAAAACACAAAAGGUCUGCAACAGCUUGAAUCUAUCAUUCAUAAUAUUCAAUCAGAUCCAGUUGCUCCUCUCACAAUACGUCUAGUAAUCCAAGUAAGCGCCCAAGUCGUCCUUUGUCCUCUGAAAGAAGUGGCCGGACGACUGCUGGAUGCUUUGAUUGAUUAGAAUCUAAGGCCAGAGUUGGCUUUGAAAGACAUGAAUCCAGUUGCUCCUCUAGAAAAACUUCUGGUAAGCGUCCAAGUCAUCCUAUUUCCUCUGGAAAUAGCAUCUGGAUGAUUGUUGGAUGCUUUGAUUGAUCAGUAUCCAAGACUAGAAGUUGGUUUUAAAAGAGUCUACUCAUAUCUAUAUCAGUGAGUUCCAGUUUGUCCUCUUGCAAAACCUCCAGAAAGCAACCAAGCCACCUUUCGUCCUUCAGAAGGAGUGGCAGGACGACUGCUGGAUGCUUUGAUUGAUUAGUAUCUAAGACAAAACUUCUCUCACAAAACUUCUAUUAGACCAAGUAAGCAUCCAAGUCGUCCUUUGUCCUCUGAAAGAAGUUGCCGGACGACUGCUGGAUGAUUGAUUAGUAUCUAUGACCAGAAUUGGGUUUAGAAGAGAUGUUUUGAGUCAUAUUUAUAACAAACAAGCAAAGUUCCAGUUGCUCCUCUCACAAAACUUCUGGGAAGCCGUCCAAGUCGUACAUUGUCCUCUAAAAAUAGCAUCUAGAUGACUGCUGGAUGCUUUGAUUGAUCAGUAUCCAAGACUAGAAGUUGGUUUUAAAUGAAGUAAAUCUACCCAUAUUGAUAUCAAUCAGUUCUAGAGUUCCAGUUGCUCCUUUUGGAAAACCUCUGGGAAGCAUCCAAACCAUCUUGCAAGACAAGAAAUAGGUUUUGAGAGGAUUGAAUCUACUUCAAUAUCAGUAUCAAUCAGUUCCAGUUGCUGCUCAUGCAAAACAUUUAGUAGUUCAAGUAAGCACCCAAGCCAUCUUUUGUCUGUGGAAGGGGUGGCAGUUCCAGUUUCUCCUUUCACAAAACGUCUGAUUAGCAUCCGAGCUGUUCAUUGUCCUUUAGAAGGAGCAUCUCAAUGACUGCUGGAAGCUUUAAUUGAUCAAAUUUCAAAACCGGAAAUUGGCUUUGAAAGGGUUGAAUCUACUUAUCUAUUAUUUCCAUAUCAAUCUGUGACCUCUCUCGCAAAACUUCUGGGAAGCGUCCGAGCUGCAUUUCAUCCUCCUCGGAUACUUCAAUCAGUAUCUAAGACCAGAUGUUGGCUUUUAAGGAGAUUAAUCUAGUCAUAUUCAUAAAAAUAAGUUCCGGUUAGCAUCUAGAUGACUGCUGAAUGCUUUAAUUGAUCAGUGUCCAAGACUAGAAGUGGUUUUAAAUCAAGUAAAUCUACCCAUAUUCAUAUCAGUCAAUUCUAGAGUUCCAGUUGCUCCUUUUGCAAAACCUCUGGGAAGCAUCUAAACCAUCUCGCGUCCUUUAGGUGGAUGCUUUUAUUGACCAGCAUCCAAGACCAGAAAUUGGUUUUGAAAGAUUUGAAUCUACUUGUAUUAAUGUUAACCAGUUCCAGUUUCUUUUCUCGCAAAACUUCUGGGAAGCGUCUGAGCCGUACUUCAACUUCCUAGUUUAAGUUUAAGAGUUAAGAGUUUGGUUGCUCCUCUUACAAAAGCUCUUGGAAGCAUCCAAACCAUCUUUUGUACUUCAGAAGGAGCGACAGGACGACUGCUGGACGCUUUAAUUGAUCAGUGUCUAAAACCAGAAAUUAGUUUUCAAAGGGUUGAAUCUACUUAAAUCAAUAUCAGUCAGUUCCAGUUUCUUCUCUCACAAAACGUCUAGGAAGCGUUUGAUCCGUACUUCAACUAACUCGGAUAGUUUAAGAGUUAAGAGUUCGGUUGCUCCUCUUACAAACCAUCUCGGAAGCAUCCGAGCCGUCUUUUGUGCUUCAGAAGGAGCGACAGGACUACUGCUGGAUGCUUUAAUUGAUCAGUGUCCAAGUCAAGAAAUUGGUUUUGAAAUGGUUGAAUCUACUUAUAUUAAUAUAAAUCAGUUCUAGUUGCUUCUCUCACUCGAAACUUUUGGGAAGCGCCCGAGCCGUACUUGAACUUCCUUGGAUAGUUUAAGAGUUAAGAGUUUGAAGGCUCCUCUUACAAAACCUCUCGGAAGCAUCCAAACCGUCUUUUGUCUUUCAGAAGGAGCAUCAGGACGACUGUUGGACGCUUUAAUUGAUCAGUGUCCAAGUCAAUAAAUUGGUUUUGAAAUGGUUGAAUCUACUUAUAUUAUAAUCAAUCAGUCAGUUCUAGUUGGUUCUCCCUCAAAAUUUCUGGGAAGCUUCCGAGCCGUACUUCAACUUCGAAACCUUGGAUAGGUUUAGAGUUAAGACUUCGGUUGCUCCUCUUACAAAACCUCUCUGAAGCAUCCAAGCCAUCAUUCGUCCUUCAGAACAAAUGCUGGAUGCUUUGAUUGGUUAGUGUCCAAGAAAGGCUGUUUUUGUUCAGGUCCGUUGUUUUAUUAUUAUUUUUUUUCGUAAAACCACAGAUCUAGCUACUUUACUCUCAUGGUAAAGUAGACCCAACCCAGUUUGGUCUGUAUUUACCCUGAAACUCUAAAUACGUAGACUUCAGCAGAGCACAAAUGCUGCACUGAACUGUUCAAAUCCUCAAAUCCUGAGGGCCAUGUCCUGCAAAAUCAAACCUUCUCCACAAGGCAGCGCGUGACAGCGCUCCUCUUCGCAGAUCUAGCGAGCGAAUUUCAAAGCACUGCGUCGGCUUUCCUAAUGAAAGCUCCAAAGCUUGACGAAGUUUCACGAAGAGAACCUUGUCACGCGUGCUCCCUCUUCACUGGAAGCAGUUUUUCGGGAUUAGGAACGGCGCGUCCCGAAAGAGAAACUCCCCAGACCGACUUGUAGAAGCCGAUAGAAGUUUGUCUGCUCCAGUUCUCCAUUCUCUCGUUUUAAUUAAAUCCGAACUAUGAGAAAAAAAAAAAAAACGUCCGCGUUACUUCUUUUCUUUUUCUUUCCAUUUCGUGAAGACUUCGUCCAUAGGAGUAGCACAGAUAUAGUUUUUUUUAAUAGUUUCUCUUUAUCGUUCUUUUUUUUUCUCUGAGAAAUUAGCACAAGCCGUCUCGAAGGGAGAAGGUCGCAGAUCAGAUUUUCAUAGCUCUUCAUUCUCUUAUCUCGACGAGAGACUAAAAGUGAGCCUUACUGUUGUCGUCGAAUAUUUAACCAACUUUUUUAUUACGUUUUAUUUAUUUUCGUUUGUUAUUAUGCUUGAAUUUCUAAGGAUAUUUAUAUUCUUUUUUUGAGUACUUAUUGGAAUAUAAUCGACGAGAUGUUGUGUAGUUGGCGAGCUAAUGUGACUGUACAUGGUCCCUAUGUAAGAAUUCUUUUUUUAUAUAUCUCUCUCUAUAUAUAUAUAUAUAUAUACAUAUACAUUACCUGUGUACUGAAUUCUCUUUUAGAGCGUCCUGUAGGAACGAUACAGCACAAGGCCAUGAACUACAAAAAUCUCCAAAAAUAUGGCCAGGAAAAACUUUUCUAAUACCUUUAUCAUGCUCCUACACCCUGUUUCUACCCUAAAAAUACCUCUAAAAAUGAUUAAAAAGAUUUCCCAAAGGAGAAGAGCUGAGGAAUAUGUUUUUUUUUUCUGAAAGUAAAGGUGACCACACUUUAUAAACCACCUUAUUCUAUUAUACAGAGAACAACUGUUUCAAAGUACCGGGGAGAAAUGAAAGGGACCUUGAGGUGACCACAUCAGUUACUGUCGUGAUCGUUAAAGCACAUUCAUGCUCUUUAGAAACGCCCCCUACUGAGCCCUUAAUAUGUAAUAUGUAUUUAUAUUUAUUUAUUCAUUUAUUUAUACAAGAGCACACCCUGUUUUUGAUUGUUUUUGCUUAAAUAAAUAAAUCAGCUGUGAAAAAUGACAGUUACAGUGAAAAUUGCACAAAACACAGAUUUAAAAAUGAUCAAAGUUCUCCAUAUCUGAACAGUUUGGACGAAGCACACAGAACAGAACACAGAACGGUGUUCAGACGCACAGUUUAAAAUGAAUUGGGAGAUAUGAGAUAUGAGAAAGUUUUUUUUUUUUUUUUCUACCAGAAUCCGAUCAUCCCUGAAGGUAAAGCACAUCUGAAAGAUCUUGAAGGACUUGGGAGCAGAACAACAGAACCGUUAAAUCACAGUACUACUUACCCAUCGAGCUUUUGAUGUUCCCGCAUAUCUCAGAACUGUAGAACUGUUAUAAAUCCUUGGGAGAAAAGAGAUGAUUAUAAAUAAAUUAAAUCAAAUGUAAUUCAACACAACAGCCAGAUCCAAAUUAGGACCAAACUGAAAUAAAAAUAAAACGAACAAAUAAACACCACAGAUAACCUGUCCUCCAGAUUUUGAUCUGUUUAAGAUAUCCAGGCCAAGUGCUAGCGAGUGUUCACACUUUCCACCUUUUACUUCUAUCUCUGCCAAUUUAUUUGAAACCAUGUAUGUAGAUAUGUUGACUUUGUAUUAAAACAGAAUGACUGGAUAUACAGUAACUCUGAA